AUGCCUAAGACUCAGAGAUCUCGGAAGAAGGCCAAGGUCGAAAAGCUUUCCGGUCUCUCUGCUUCCGAUAGUAGAAACGAUGCGUCAAUUGUCAUGGGGACCGCGCUCAACUCAGCCCAGCAAAUCGCCUCCAACGCCGGUAUCGCUGCUCCAGCUGCAGUUUCCCUCGAUAUCGCUUCCUUCCCUUACCUUUUCUCCCUCGUCCUCGAGUAUGCCUCUCACCCUGCUCUCGCUCUCCUCCUCCGAUGCUCCAAGGACACAUUCGACCUGGUCGCGCCCAUACUCUACCGCGACCUCAGGCUCACCCGGGACCAGGGCAAGGCGUUGCUUGAGACGGGGAGACCACCAGCGAAUAGAUCGACCAAGGCGGACAUCCUCGGACGAUCGGGCGCUUCGGGCCGGCUUCUAUCAACGCGGAAGACUCGGGCGGACGGUCUCGGACGGGCGGGCGCUCUAGAUCUGCCGAAGUUCUUCGAGAACGUCCGCUCGAUACAUCUCCUGGAAUACGAGCCGGACAAGACGCUUCCGGUCGUUCCCCCUUUAGGUCUUCAUGGUCCCGCGGUAGCGAUCUUACAUCCGACGACACGUUGGAGCCAUUUCACGAGGCGGGCCCUCAACUCUCAUGUCGUAUCCCGGCUCAACAUACGCACAUUGAUCAUUCGAGUGUCUGAGGAGCUCGCUCAGCAAGAUACUGUUGUUCACUUUCACAAACUCCCAAAAUCAGUCCUCGACAUCGCUAUCCUCCUCCCCCUAGUAGAAUCAGCAACAAUCACCGCCAGGCGCUCCCUCUCUUGUAGCCGACAGGCGUUGAGCAUCGUCCUACACCCAUCGAUCGAAUCCCCAGGGAACAUCUACUCCCCUUCGGAAGGCAUCUUACCCAAAGGUCUGAUCGACGCACUCAUCACUUACUCCCAAGAUCACCCCGUCCGCUGCGUCGGUCUCGAGUACCUCGGACGCACACUCGAGCAGUUGACUAGUAGCGUGGCGAAGCGCUGGCGGGAACAAUUCGGGCCUCGUCCCCCCAAAUCCUUGCGUAUGACCGCCUGCAGCUUUACGGAGUGGUUGGAUGAGCAAGAGCCGGGUGUUGUGUUCAGUAUGGAAGAGGAGGUGGAGUUGAGGAAGGCGGACAAGGUGUUGCUCGGUUCAGGGUCGGUUGUCGCUGGUGGAGCGAGCUGGAUCUGGGAAGGGGAGGAUGGAGGCGAGGCCGGCGUGUUAGAAGGUGAAAAGUGA